AUGGGAAAUUGUGAUAGCCGAGAACUUGCCGAACAGACAAAAACUAACAAGAAGAUUAAUACGGAGCUCGCGACGGCGAAGAAGGAUGACGAGAAUGUUAUCAAGUUGUUGUUGUUGGGAGCCGGCGAAAGUGGUAAAAGUACAGUACUCAAACAGAUGAGAAUCAUCCAUAACAGUGGUUUCUCUCAAGAAGAAUCCAUGACAAAGAGAAAUGUGGUUUGUGCGAAUACAGUUCAAGCAAUGGGAGCCCUGGUGGAAGGAAUGAGAUCCUUGCGGAUAGAUUUUAGUAAUCGAUUAUGUAAUGCCCAUGAAAAAAUGAUUCGUGAGACGUUGAGCGAGAACACCGAGUACAACCCAUUCACCGAUGAAAUGUUCACCGCAUUGACAGAUCUAUGGGCAGAUAAAGGAGUUCAAAGUGCCUAUGAGAAAAGGGAAUUGUUCUAUCUCCAUGAUUCUGCCAAAUACUUCUUCGAAUCGCUGAAACGAAUCAAUGAGAAGGAUUACAUUCCAUCAGAGACUGAUAUUCUACAUAUUCGGGUUCCCACAAUGGGAGUGAUUGAGGUGAAAUUCAAUAUGAAGGGAAAAGUGUUCCGGGUAUUCGAUGUGGGUGGUCAACGGUCGCAGAGAAAGAAAUGGAUUCACUGUUUCGAUGAUGCAAAAGCAUUGAUUUAUGUUGCAUCGUUGUCUGAAUAUGAUCAAGUUUUGCUGGAGGAUAAUACCACGAAUCGAAUGCACGAAUCGUUGCAACUCUUCAAACAAGUCGUCAACAACAAGUACUUUGUCAACACCUCAGUCAUCCUAUUCCUCAACAAAAUCGACCUAUUCCAAGAGAAAAUAGUCACCAAGAAACGGAGUCUUGCCAUUGCAUUCGAGGCAUUUAGUGGACCUUACGAAGACUGGGAGAAAGCCGUCGAGUUCGUCGAGAAGAAGUAUAGAGGAAUGGCUGAGAAUAAGGAGAAGAAUAUUUAUUGCCAUCAAACAUGUGCGACGGAUACACAACAAGUGCAAUAUGUGCUCGACGCGGUGCUAGACACGAUACUAUCCUCUAAACUCAAGGGAUGCGGAUUGUAUUGA